CCCGUUGGUGGCGCGCACGUACCACACAUUCCAAUGCAGCGAGAGCGCGCCGCCUUUCUUUUCCAUUGAACGUAGGAGCGCGCGGAGGCUGCGUAGGCUACGUUCAGAGGAGGAGUCGGAAGGAAGAAAGACAGAGAAAUAAACACGACGGAGGUUACCAGUACCUGAGUUAACCGUCUAUAGCGAGACGAAACAGGUUGUAGAUUUUAAACCAAGGCAAGGGAGGUGACGGAACACGAUUCAUGACCAAGAUGAGUCAGAAAUCGGAGCGCAGAGGGAUCCGCGUUGACCAAUCAGAGCUGCUGUGUACAAAAGGAUGCGGUUACUACGGCAACCCCGCCUGGCAAGGCUUCUGCUCCAAGUGCUGGCGUGAGGAGUACCAUCACGUCCGUCAGAAACAGAUCAAGGAGGACUGGGCGCUGGCAGAGAGGCUGCAGAGGGAGGAGGAGGCAGCCUAUGCCAGCAGUCAGGGAGCGCAGUCCCAGCCUUCCCUCACACCCUUCUCUAAAUUCGAGGAGAAGAAGAGCAACGAGAAGACCCGCAAAGUCACCACCGUCAAGAAAUUCUUCAGCCCCUCGUCCCGGAUUGGAUCCAAGAAAGCGGCCCCGGAGACAGCUGGGAAGUGUGUCCCGAGUGGGAGGGAACGCCAUGCCGACACCCUCCUCAGGGACUUGAGGGAGAUUUUUACCCCACCCUGGGACCUGGCUUCCCCUACUGAAGCCCUGGCUGCCAGACUGAGAGAGAGCCAUGAGACGAAGGCCCCCAGCCCGUCAAUCAGCAGACAGGCCAGCAUCGAGACAGACCAGGUCUCCCGGGACUUCAUCGACUUCCUGAAGAGCCUGCACAAGCCGGGCCGCGAGAUCCACAAGCAGUGCCGGGCCUUCAUCGAGACCAUGGCCACCAAGGAGGACCACCAGAGCGUGGAGGAGCUGUCCGAGUGUGUGCAGGACUUCUACCAGAACAUGUCAGACAGGCUGCUGACACACUUCAAAGGCUCCUCCGAGCGGGUGGAGAGGGUGAUGGACCAGGUGGAGAAGUACAUCAUGACCCGCCUCUACAAGAACGUCUUCUGCCCUGAGAUCACGGACGAUGAGAAGAAAGACCUGGCUGUGCAGAAACGCAUCAGGGCUCUGCACUGGGUCACUAUUCAGAUGCUGUGCGUCCCGGUCGAUGAAGAGAUCCCUGAAGUGUCUGACAUGGUGGUGAAGGCCAUCACAGAUAUAAUCGAGAUGGAUUCGAAGCGUGUCCCCAGGGACAAGCUGGCCUGCAUCACCAAGUGCAGCAAGGACAUCUUCAACGCCAUCAAGAUCACGAGGAACGAGCCCGCCUCGGCCGACGACUUCCUGCCCACCCUCAUCUACAUCGUGCUGAAGGCCAACCCCCCGCGGCUGCAGUCCAACAUCCAGUACAUCACCCGCUUCUGCAACCCCAGCCGCCUCAUGACAGGAGAGGACGGGUACUACUUUACCAACCUGUGCUGUGCCGUGGCCUUCAUCGAGAAGCUGGAUGCCCAGUCGCUGAACCUCAGCCCGGAGGAUUUCGAGCGCUACAUGACUGGCCAGGCGUCUCCGUGCAGGCAGGACCCUGAGGGCCUGAGCCAGGUGUACCAGAGCCUGGAGCUGCUGAGCGGGCUGGGGGAGCGUCAGGAGAGGGUGCUGGAUGGGGCGCGGAGGCUGGAGAGCGACCUCAUCGACUGGCAGGACGGCGUGGCCCGGGAGGUGCAGGACAUCCUGGAUAAAUACCCCUUGGAGAUCCGGCCGCCCGCCUCCGCCAUCGACUCCGAUAACGUGGAGAACGACCGCCUGCCGCCCCCUCUGCUGCCACAGGUCUUCGCUGGCUAGCCCCGCCCCCCUCCGCCUCCCUGAGUCAAGCACAGCCAAGCCAGGGCCUUCUCUGUACAACUCCCAGUCUUACUAAACGCUGUGAAGCCCCAGUCACUGUGACACUUCAGAAUAGGCAUGAGCUUGCUUCAUACUAAAAUAGCAGUCAAAAGCCUGUUACAAUUACAAUCUGCAGAAUAUUUUGGUAUGAAUCAGAAUUUUAUCUGAGUGGGCUAUGUGAAUUAUAACUUUGUAGCUCCGAAUUAAUAUAUGAAUUCCAGGCGACACAGAACCGUGCAUAGCGCAAUGCACAGAUCAUGAUACAUAUCAAGAUGUAUGUUCUGUAUGAUUCAGUAUUGUUUCUGCUUAGAUCAUUAUUUUCAGCGCUUACAAACAAUCCCAGAAAAUAUUGCUUCUGAAGAGUUUGAUUUCCUGAAGCAUAUUGGCGUUGCGCUGUGCACUGACUCCCAUGUUGUAUGUGAAGCAUGAGGCCGGUGCAACACUGAUAUGCUUCCCCGCCUCACUUCAGAAAAUCAGACUUGAAACGUAUCUCUGAAGAGCAGUAGGUUGACUUGUCUUUUAAGAUCCAUGUGUUUGCAGGAGAGAUCUGUCCUCUUGUACGGUAGUUCAGUCUCUUCUCUUUCAAGGGUUGUAUAUACAGCAAGGCAGGCAAACACACUAAACACUACAGGCUCCCGGCUCUAGAAUCUGCUAAACAUUGUAUUUAGUGUCAUAUAACUAAAGUGUCACAGAUCAGUACCAUCCAUGCAUUUAAAACUCUUAAUGAACUCCUAACUGCAGCACUAAAAAGAUCAAUGUAUGGAGACUUGUUUGAAUGACAAGUCAAUGCCUUGUAAUACCAGUGCCAGCAUAUAGCCGUACCAGCGCACGUUUCUCCUCACCUCUCAAACAUUCACAGGAAUUCACUUUCAAUAUAGAAAACCUGUCCCGUCUUGACAGCUAUCGAUACGACUUCAGAUCACUGUUUGAAAAGGGUGAAGGGUGAACCGAACUCUUUCUCAAUCCAGGUUUGUGAUUCAACCAGAACCACCUGUAAAUAUUUUAAAUCUGCAAUGCUUUCCAGGGCACACAAACCAAUAGUUGGCUAAGCUGCGUACCCCAUAAUGAUCAAAAAGGAUCUGGUUUAAAUAAAAAAAUGAAAUAGACUGUUCGUAUACCCUGAUAGUGAGACUGAGAAGCUCCCUGCUCUCUUGAAUUUUCACUCCAGCGGCGCUGAAUACACUGAGAAAUAGCGUGGCUGUGUUUGCCAAGUGAGAGCGAACCCCUGGUGGUACUUCCGUAGAUAGUUCAUUGCAAUACUUUCAAGCACUGAAAGGCAGACAUUCAGAGCCCCUUGUGAGGUUGGUGCUGCUCGUUUAACUCUGAGGUACUUGAGAUCCACACUAAUCUCACUAAAGUGUGAAGGGUCUCGCUGCUCACAAUGUACAAGUGUAUAUUUCAGUCCUUUAUCGGCGUAUCUUUUAAACCUUAACAUGGCUGUACUAUUUAUGAUGUAAAUGUUCCAUUGAUAAUUUUUAAACAUCCUUUAACUUUCAGGUGAAACUGCAUGAAACUAAGGGUUUGAAUUGAUCAGUCAGUGCUGUGCUCUAAACUGGCUUAUCCCACAGGGUACAGGCUGAUCAAGCAGACCUGUUUCUUCUAGUUAUACCAAUGAUGUAAAUGUAACUUAUACAUUGUCAAGUGGUGUUUUUAUAGUGUUUGAAAUGUGUUUUAUUUAAUUGCAAUAAAAACCCACAACUUCCAAAUGUUGA